AUGACGGAGAAGAAAUGCUUCGAGCCAGGGUGCAUAAAUGAGGUUGGGUAUUCAUGCAAUUGCUCUUCUCCUGAAACUUUAUUGUGCAAUGAGCAUACUGGGGAGCAUGUAAACUCGCCUAAUAGAGCUCAUAAUCUUAAAUCAAUUUUUAUGCACCCUUGUGAAGGGACAAAAGAAGCAAUUCUUGAAUUUCUUACAAGAGAAAAUUCAAAAUAUACCGAGUUGAAAAGAAAAAUUAUAGAUUCCUUUCCUAAUUGAGAGAAAGAUUUAGGAGAUUUCACAAGCAAGUUGGAGUGCUUCUCAGGUGAAAUAAAUUAUUUUUUUGCAAAGAUUUCCCAAGUUUCAAAACGAUUAAAGUCAGACCAAGAUCCAAUUUUAGGAUUAUUGAGUUUACAGCCUCAAGAAGCUAUUGAGAAAAUAAAAUUGAUGACCAUAACCAGCAGAGAUUGAUACAAAGGUGCAAUGCUGUUUUAUAUAUUAAACCAAAAGUUAGAGAAUCUAAAUAGAUCCUUCUUUACAGAAAUAUGUGGGACAUAUCUAAAAAAAAGGAAUAUGCAGAAUACUCCUGAAAUACAUAAUAAAACUAGUAUGCCAACAAUUAUAGAGCCAGUAAACGUUAAGGAUUCGAUUUCCUUGAUAAUAAAUGAGGACAAUGAGAGUCUAAAAGGACUUCAAAGCAUAAGCAAGCCAAUAAAAAAUAACCUAGAAAACGAGAUAAGCUUGCUUAAUUCUCAAAAAAGCACUGCUUCUAAAGAUCUCAUUAAUAAGUCCAAGGAAACAGAAAGCGCUUUAAACGUUAUAGACACCUUAAGAAAUAAAACAGCUGAGAUUUUGAGUAGACCAAACAAUCCAGAAUUAGAGAUAAAUUUCAGAACAACUGCUCAGAAAUUCAGACAAAUUCUAAUUUGAAUGACCCGACACUAA